CUCAGACUUUGUCGACACGCAGAGGCACACUACUUAAGAUCCACUUGAUCACUCUUGCCUCUCACUCUCUCACAACCCUAACCCCCGCAGCUCGCCACAAUGGCCAGCACGCCCGCCACCAACGGCAAGGCCACGGCCACCAAGGCCACCACCACCAACCCCGCCCCCACGACCACCAAGUACCCCAUUGCGUCGUGGGACGUGCAGUACAUCAUUCAGCACUCCGAUGGCCCGUUCCUCUUCCAGCAGUCGCCAUGGAAGCUGCUGUGCAAGGACGUGCGCUUCACCCUGCGCACGGCGUACCAGAUCCCCGCCAUCUUCCUCCCCAUGUCCGACACGCGCGGUGACAUCCGCCUGCUGGGCAUCAUUGCGCAGGUGCUCAUGCUCGUCAUUUCCCUCGUUCUGUCUAUCCUCAUCGUCAUCGGGCUUAUCGGCGGCAUCCCGUUCCUCCUCAUCGGCGCGGUGCUCGCCACUGUGGUGUUUGUGCGCAUUGCUUCUGCCCUGCAGGGCCCGGACACGCGCGAAUCGGUCGCCCCCGGCGUGGCCAACGCUCCGAACGCUGAUAAGGAGAAGUGGCUCUUUGUCAAUGGCAUCUGCACGACUGGCUCGGGUGCCCAGGUAGCAGUCAAUCGCCUCCAAACCCUCUUCCGCCGCCCCGUCACCGCCGUGCUCAACCGCUCCCUCGGUAUGCUCUUCGAUCUCGGAGAGUGUAUCCUCCAGCGCGACUACCGUCUCAUCACCGAGGACAUCCGCAUUGGAUACGAUCACCUCCGCGACGCUGUCCUUGACCCCAACCUCGAGCGUGUCGUCCUCAUCGGCCACAGCCAGGGCGGCAUCAUUGUCACGGCAAUGAUCGACCAACUUCUUGCGGAGUUCCCGCAUCACGCGCUCAAGAAGGUCGAGAUCUACACAUUCGCAUCGGCCGCCAACCACUUCUGCGACCCCUCGAGUGGCACGCCGGACGCGCCGCCCCCCUUUGGCCACAUCGAGCACUUUGCCAACCACGGCGACUGGGUCAGCCAGCUCGGCGUGCUCGGAUACGCGCCCAUCCCCAAGGGCGAUACGCCCAACAUUAUUGCCGACGACGAGAAGGAGGGCGACGUCGCGACCUUCCCGCUCACCGCUGGCGAGUUUGCCGGCCGCAUCUUUGAGCGCCUCAACCACACUGGCCACCUCCUCAACUCGCACUACCUCAACCCCACCGACUCGAUCCUCGACAGCCCCGUCGUGCGCAAAUACUCGCGCCUCGCGAGCUACCUGGACGGUGGCAACCCUGUUGCGUAGGAGAGUGCGGCACGGCGCAGGUGAAGGGUGACAGUGAGCAAGCCAAAGUUAGAUGCUAUGCAUUCAGUUGUGCGUGAAGGCUGUGGAGGUUUUGGACAGGCAGAGAGCCAUGAGUAGUGUGCAGUGGGUUCGCGAGACGACGCCCCAUGGACAACCCGG